AUGAUGCGCUCCUCCUUCCACUUCGUUGCAAUGCUAAGCUUGCUGCUUUUGGCCUCCCACGCCGUGAGCGCCACUGGCAACACGAACCUGCUCAAAGGUCAAAGGACCAGCAAACUGCGAAACUUGGAGGAAGAAGAAAGCGUGUCGAUGGAAGAAGCCCCCACGGAGGACUCCAAGGAUGAUGCCAAGGAAGAUGUCAAGGAAGAUGCCAAGGGCGCUGCAGCAGAGGAUCCCGUGUUGGAACUGGCAGAUUCCGAGACUGCCUACAAGUACCAACUCUUGGCGACGGUGCUCUUGACCGAAGUGGACAAUAUUGCCAAUGAGGACGUGGCAGAUCCCCUGCAAUUCUACAUGGAACGGAUUGUCCCUUCCAGUACCGAGGAUGUGGUGUGGGAUAUUGAUGCCGGUGCUCGCCAGUUUUCACUGAAUGGUACCGAUGCAGUGGGAGGAUUGUGGGUCAACUUUGCCACUCGUCGCUUUUCCUUUCAUCAAUUGAGUCAUUUUGAAGUGUACGAAGACUCGGAGACGGAUGGUAUUCUGGUGGCCUUUCGGUAUCAUGGUGUGGUGUUGGAAGAGACAGGAAAUUAUCUGGACAUUUUUGGUGUUGUGCGCGAGCAUUUCAACUCGGAUGACUUGAUUGACAAUGUGUUUGUGCAACGUUUCUAUACCAUUGAUCGAGGAUACACCGAAGUGGAAAUGUAG